GGUCACAGGGUGGUGGCGGCAGCGGCGGGCAGGGGAAGCUCGCGCCCUCUAUGGCGGCCGCCGUUCGGGAUCAGCCGCCCGCUGCCGGCAUGGACGAGGCGGAUGAGGCGGUGCGGGGAACGUGCGAGGACGCGUCCGUCUGCAAACGGUUUGCUGUAAGUGUCGGCUAUUGGAAGGACCCUUACAUCCAAUAUUUUGUGAGGCAAGCCAAAGAAAGAAAAGCACCUGAAAUCAACAGAGGCUAUUAUGCUCGUGUUCAGGGUGUCAGUUAUCUGCUUGAGGCUUUUCUAAAGAAGACUGAGUGCAACUGUCAGAUUGUUAAUCUUGGUGCUGGCAUGGAUACCUUGUUCUGGAGGUUAAAGGAUGAAAAUCUUCUCCCUAGAAAAUAUUUCGAAGUGGAUUUUCCAAUGAUAGUUGCAAGAAAAAUACACAAUAUAAAAUCAAAACCUCCCCUGUCAAAACCAAUUAUAGAAACCCAUUCAGGGGACUCUCUUCUAAUAGAUUCCCACAGCUUAGAUUCCAGCCGAUACUCCAUAGUGGGAGCGGAUCUUCGCUUCUCAUCAGACCUAGAGGAAAAGCUAAAGAAACACCAACUGGAUGUACAUUUGCCAACAGUUCUGGUAGCAGAGUGUGUGCUGGUUUACAUGACUCCACAGCAAUCUGCAAAUCUGCUGAAGUGGGCGGCAAGCACUUUUCCAGUGGCGAUGUUUAUAAAUUAUGAGCAGGUGAAUAUGGCAGAUCGAUUUGGACAGAUCAUGAUUGAGAACUUGCAGAGACGACAGUGUAACCUGGCUGGAGUGGAAGUCUGCAGAUCCUUAGAAUCUCAGAAGGAACGAUUGCUGUUAAAUGGAUGGGAAAAUGCACAUGCCAUUGAUAUGAUGAAAGUGUACAGCUUCUUGCCACAGGCUGAUGUCAAAAGAAUAGAAGAACUUGAAUUCCUGGAUGAAAAGGAACUCUUUGAACAACUAAUGCAGCACUACUGCAUCUGCUGGGCCUCAAAAGACAGCAGUAAUCUGGGUCUUGCAGAUAUCACCUUCUAAUGUACUUGCACAAGGAAAGCCGUGGGCCCAGAAGCCACAGCUGCUGUUUUCUUCUUGAGACAAGGUCACAGCAGUGAUGGGACUGUGCAUGUGCUGAGUUCAGUCUGCUCAUCUGUGUAAGCAGUGCCAGUGAAGAAAGUGCUGCUGAUGUUGACUGUCCUGUUGGCUUUUGGUAGUUUGGAUUUUAUUUGCCCAUUUUAAGCAACUGUUGUGAAUCAAGACUCACCUCUCAUUCCUGGAUAUGCGUAUAAUGGCAGGCUUUUAUAGGAUGACUUAAAUUCCUGUUUAAAGGUUCACCUCCCUUAGUUUAAAACUGUGUAAACUGUAUAUGUGGUAGGAAACUGGAAGAAUAUGUUGGUGAACUGCAUUAGUGGAUUUCUCUUUGCACUGUGCACAGCUGAUCAUGAAGGUUAGUUUUGUUAAUUUUGGUUCUGUUUGGGUUUAACUCUUAAGAAGUGUCACCCUGUAAGCUUUCUCCGGGCUUUUACUAUUGCUACAAGGCAGUCACUAGACUUGGUCUGUCCUUUGUGUGGGAAGAGUGAAAGAAGGAAAGGAUCUGUGAUUAAAGUAGACCUUAUUUAUCUGGGAAGGGCUCAGCUUGGCAGUUCAGCAUGGGGAAGGUUGUGGUGAGAAAGAAAGUAAACUAUAUUUGCACUCCUGGCAGUAUUUUUUACACGAGUCUCUUUUUCUUUCCCCUUAAAAGAAAUAAGCAAAAGCCACUUAGUAACAACAACAAAAAAAACCAAACCCUAACCCCCUUCCAACUGUUCAGAAUCAAGUCCUGCAACCUUCUGAUGAUAAGAAUAAUAAUAAAUGUUUAAUAUUUAUAAUGUGCCUACUGUCUUAUUUAUUAGAAAUGACCUAUUCAUUUCUGGUUUAGUGACUACAUUUUUCCCUUUGACAAAUCUUCAAGGGUAUUUUAUUAAAAGCAGCUGCAAGGGUAAGCUGAUUUUUGUACUCUGUGCAGCUUACUGUAGUGUAGAGUAUCUAUCUUAGGAAAUAGUUGAUACAGGUUUGGACUGGAGAACUGGGGAAGGAGGUUAUUGGGGUUGUGGAAAAACAAAACAUAGUCAGUUUGAAAGGAACAGAAGUAGAGAAAAUAAAUGGCUUUUGCUUUGCUCUCAUCACACAGUCAAGUGCUAAUUUCAGUCACUGGGAACUACGGGCAGUCCACUGUUAUGGAUGUGUCAAGCUGAGUUCUUGUAUUUGGUUAUGCAAAAGAAAUGCAGUAUUUGGUUAACACUCUUCUCAGUCUUUGUAUUCUCUUUCCC